UAUCGUGACGUAUUUGCGCUUAAAAACUGUGCACAUUCGUCAACUCGUCAGUCGUGCAUGCGCAGAUUAUACAACUCAACAAGAGAUUCGUGGGUUAAGCGCUUCAGACUUUCGCCUUCGCGUCAAUCCAUAGUUUGUGGUCCAGUAGUGUUAACGUGUGUAGGUAGUUUCUGAUUUCACCGAUAUUCCCGUUUUGAUCUAUCAUCUCGUAUUCUGUGCAGUCAAAUAGCACCUAAAUUGUGCAAUCGCGCUUCAAUUGAAAGCUCGACGAUAACCUAUUCUUCGUUUUAAAAUAAACGCAAACUUCGAUAAACAAUGUUAAUCCAAUGUUCGCUCAUCAUCCAAAAUCUGGUCCCACGACCAGCAAAAGCCAAUUCACAGUCACUCAGGUCAUAUUUGUUGACCAAAAAAGUAAACGGCAAAUACUAUGUGUUUGUGUUGAACUCAAUGUACCCAAACGGAAUCCACUACGACAUUGCCAUGUUGGAAAACAUAUACUACAAGUUCAUUAAAGAAAAGAAAAUGGGAUUGGAGUUCAGAGAGCCCAGACAAAUGUUAUUGAUAGUAGCCGACGACAAGGAAAUGCUUCAUUCGUUCUACCAUCAACUUAUUGACAUUAUUAACGGGAAAAAUGUAGUCAUCGGUAAACGCCACUUGCUGAAUACGGCGAGUAGUAAUAACUAUAAUAUGGUUUGUAGUACAAAACCUCUUGAGUUUGUAGCUAUUAAUCGCUUUGACAACAGUCUAUUAAACAUGAAACAUUUGGGCAAACUUGUUUUGGAAAACUGUGAUUUACCAACAAUUCCUGUAGAAAUUGGCAGUUUACCCAUUAGAUAUCUUAGCAUAUCGGGUAGUAAACUACCUGCUUCACAAUUUAGUCAAGAUACCUUCUGGAAUUGGUUGUCUAUGGAUACAGUUUGUGGUACAUUAUUAACCUUAAAAAUGGAUUCAGUUGGUUUGAAAUCUUUACCAUUUGAAAUAUUGUUUCUGAAAAAUCUACAGACAUUAUCUGCAGCCAAAAAUAUGCUGACAUAUUUACCUCACUUCAUCGCUGAAAUGAAGAAACUUGAUUGCUUAUUUGUUGGUGACAAUAUGUUAUCAUACUAUCCUGAUAGUAUAUGUUGUAGAAUCUUUCAAAAAGUUGAUAUAUCAAAUAACCCAUUUCAAUUACCUGAAUCUCUAGUUUUUGAGCAUUUAGUUAAAUAUAAUGAUGUAUUUACAAGUCUAAAGAGACCUGAUGAUGAUGUAAUUGUAAAACCAUUAAGUCAUUUGUCAUUUUACUCUUUGAUUAAUAAUUGUGUACCAUUUAAAAGACAAGAUAUACCUCGUUCAUUAUGGCUAUAUUUUGAUGUAGUUGGUCGUUGUAUGUUGUGUAAAAGAUUAUUACUACCAGAUUACUGUGAGAUAAAUCAUAGGUUUGGCUUGCCUACAGCAAUAAAUUUAACUAAAGAUCAAAGAACUACCAGAUUAUCACGACAAUAUUUAUUAUGUCAUAUUUCGCAUAAGUUUUGUGUGAGACGUUAAUAUUUAAAUGUACUAGUCUAUUUAUGUAGAUGUAAAGACUAUAGGUCUUUAUAAAAUAUUUAUGAUUUAAAAUUUAAAAUUAUAACUAGAGACUGGAAUUAUAUGCAUUAAAAAGGUGGUAAAUAUGAUGCAAAUAUGCAAAGAAAGUGGGUCAAUAUAUAUGCAUCAAUAUACAAAAGUAAUUGUUAAAAAUGUUUCAAUAUGUAUUAUCAAUUUACAAAAUUAAAAAAAAAAAAAAAAUUGUCUUAAUCAUGUUUUUAUUAAAAUUAAAUAUUGUAUCUUUCAACAUCAAAAAAUGUUAGUCAACAAACUACUUCAAUAUCAAAAAAAAUCAUUAUUUUGUUUUUUUGGAAAUAUUGAAAUAUGUUAAAUAAUACAAAUUUUAAAUAAAAACAACAGAAUAACUAAAUCAAUCACAACAAAAUAAUGAGAUAAUGGCUCAAAUUUGCAAUAAGACAACAAACAAAUA